CAAUAAAACGAAAGUUUCGUUUACACGAUACAAUAAUUUAUAGAACUUUUAUCGUUUGUUGUUGUUUGUUAAUUUGUCGAAAUUUUCUCCGUCGCACGCAAAAACAAGGAAGUGAUAAGUUUUAGAAGUGUGCACGUGAUUAAGUUGAAAUUAAAAGAAACGAAAAACUCCAAACCGCAAUAAUCUUAUCGAUUAAACGACUUGUUUACUUUGCACGUUUUGCGACAGAGGGCCAUCGUAAAUAUUUGACAUUCCAUACAUUCCAAACUCACAGGUUCGACCGAAAUGUCAAAUUCUUUUCACAAGUUUGCUGUUUAGUGCGGUAUUGAACGGAAAAAGUGUAAUAGAAGCGUAUUAACUUAGUGGAUCAAAGUGCAGUGUGCGAAUUCGAAGUCAAAAAGAGACCGCGACCAGAUGAUGAUAACCUCGCAUUCCAACGUAGCAGAUAACUGCAGCCGCAGCAUCAUGGACGGAGGCGCGGAAUCGCCGCUGGAAGUGCUUUCCAGAGCAGCGACGAUGGUUCAGCAGGAAAAUCAACAGGCGUCCCUUGCAGAGGAAGCUUCGAAGAACCUUCACAAACAAACGAACAAGUGGAAAAGGGAUCGGAGACGUCUCCCGGAGUAUUCCAGAAAAUCCGAUCCGAAAAUUCCCGAAACCUUCGGGGUCGAACCUUCUAGUCCCGAGGCCAGUUUAUCGAACGGAAAUAACGCGCUUGGAAAUUUAAAUGGAACUCAGAUAAAAAGUGAUCAAAGCAGUAACGGCAGCGACACUCCGUUGGAUAUGAGCGUGAGACACAGGGGCCUGCCGCCGUCUUACGCCCAAACGAUAAGCAACCCUUCAUAUAGGUCCAGUUAUCGUCCGACUGUCAUUCCCAACGGGGUGCCGAAUGGCAGAGAGGAGUUACCGUCAGGCAUAUCGAUGUGCGAUCCGGUGAUUGAGGAACACUUUCGACGAUCUCUUGGUGAUAAUUACCACAUGUUGUAUCACAAUAAUAAUUCCGUCAAAGAUAAGGAUCCUCCGACGAAGGCUGCGCCAAAAGUGAGCGUAAUAGAGCUGAUGGAGGACACCACUAUAUCCGUGGACGAUCAUUUUGCCAAAGCGUUAGGGGACACUUGGAAGCAGUUAAACAAAAAGGAUGAAAUCAAAAAUAUGAAGAACGAGAGUAAUUUAGUUACUAUUAAGAAUUGAACUGAUAUUUUAACGUUUCAUUGCGCUUGGGGGGGUGAUUUCGCGAAAAAUUCCAGAAAUCAAAAAUAAUUUUAGUAAUUGUCGUGUAAGUAGGUCGUGUAUUUUCAAAAUCUGUUCCAUUUGUGUAAAAGCGGGAGUACCUGCGUCAGAAGAUAUUUGGCAUAGUAAAAUACUUUUUUUUUAUUAAAAAAAAUAUUGGUGCUCCCCAAGUUCGUUAAUAUUUUUUACUUAACAGGCGUUCAUAUCGCAAGUGAACUUGUGAUAACGAUUUUUUUAAUUGUAAAGCUUAAAAUAAAAUGAAGACAUUUUUAAAUUUGAUUUUUUUGUGAACUUCAUGAAAACCACCCGUUUAAGUUUGCAUUAUAUUUGAUAAUUUUAUUGUAAAAGGGCUGCUGUUAGUUUUCACAACUGUGAUUUUUUAAAAUGUUGAUUCUAAAUUUGAAGAGGUAGUAAUGUAAUCAAGGAAGUUCCUAUUGUUUCAGAUGUGUCUUUUUUUUCUUCAGAAAAAAAUGGGAGCUUACAUUUAGGUAACAUCAUCAAUAUACUUUCAAUAAAUUUUAAAGCAGUCUCCAAAUUUUAGGGAGUGUAUUACAGAAAUAUUAUUCCCCAACAAUAAGGGCUCUUUAUUUUUUAAUUUUGUAGUGAGGUGUUAGUUUAAAGAAAAUAUAAAACCAGAUAAAGUAAUAAAUGGCAGCCAGCCCUUUAUGAAUUCAUAGCAGAUAAAUCCAUUAAAAAGAUGUCUUUUAUAGAAACUAAGUUCCGCACCAGUAAUACUUCAAUGUACAUGUUAUAUUGUAUAGUUCUUUAGUUUAACAUUAUCGUUCCUUCAGGGAUUUAUUUAUUGUUAAAUCCGUUUUAAGUUCUUAUUGACUAUGUUAAUUUUUUUCCAGACUCGAGGUAUCGAGUAUUUUUUGUUAUGUAUUUACUUUUUUGUAAAUAUAUUUUUCUGUAUAUAAUCUAUAUGUAACAUUUAAGGUCAAUUUAGUGCAAAGCGUUCGUCUCCAUAAAUUGCACCCAAAAUAUAUUAAUUUCAAAUUUA